GCCCUCCCCCGAGGCGCGUGCCUGCCCAAGGCCCUGCGGGGGCUCGGGCAAACAGGAUGGUACUGGGGAAGUAUGACUGUUAAUGAAGCCAAAGAGAAAUUAAAAGAGGCACCAGAAGGAACUUUCUUGAUUAGAGCUAGCUCGCACUCAAACUACCUACUAACAAUAUCUGUUAAAACAUCAGCUGGACCAACUAAUCUGCGAAUUGAAUACCAAGAUGGGAAAUUCAGAUUGGACUCUACCAUAGGUGUCAAGUCCAAGCUUAAACAAUUUGACAGUGUGGUUCAUCUGAUCGACUGCUAUGUUCAGAUGUGCAAGGAUAAGCGGACGGGCCCAGAAGCCCGCCACCCCCAUGGCACUGUUCACCUUUACCUGACCAAACCGCUCUGCACGUCAGCGCCACCUCUGCAGCAUCUCUGUGGACUCACCAUUAACAAAUGUACCGGCGCCAUUUGGGGAUUGCCUUUACCAACAAGACUGAAAGAUUGCUUGGAAGAAUAUAAAUUCCAGGUAUAAGUGUUUCUCUUUUUCUAAACGUGCCUCACGUAGAGUAUCUCCGAAUGCAGCUAUGUAAAAGAGAACCAAACCUUGAGUGGACUGCUCUGGAUGACUACACGGAAUCCUUUCUAAGAACAGCUGAAGUCAAUCUAAUUUAAAUGUGUGAAGAGGUAGCUAGGUAUUUAAAGCCCCCCCUCCUUCCCUCCCCAGAUAUUUUCACCAGAGGGAUGUUUCCCUUCCUAAGGCUGACUGAGACCAGUUGUUCUUUUAAAUUAAAAAUAAAAUGUCCCAAGUCAAGGCUGAAGGAGCACUUAUCAGAAUGCCUUGCCUUUCUGAGGUUUCCUUUCCAUUAGGUCAAAGGUCCAAGCUCUAGUAGUAAAGAGCUCUACCUAGCAGUACUGAAGAAGUGGAAGGAACCAAGCUGACACAGGCGUAACUUCAAUCUUAUGAACUUGGUGAUCAGAAUCUACUUUAGGACAUUUUAUAUUUUGCAUUCUGAUGUACCUAGGAGUUUUAUUAAACAGAUCAUGUGUGUGAGUAUUUAUCCUUUAUUUUAUGCAAUUAACCAAAUCAACCAAAAAAAGUGACCACGGAAUCCUGUAUUUGUCUUUUUACUACAUGUAUGAACUCUCUCAUGUGAAUGAGUACUGUAGUAAUCCAUUUUAAGGGAGCCUUACUUCAGAAAUAUUUCAAACUGGUGCAAAUAGAAAAGACUUUUUUCUUUUCCUUUAAGGCUAAAGACAAGAAUGUCAUGCUAUACAGGUGCAACUCAAUCUCUGUUAAUAAAAACCAGUGUAGAUAUAGACAUUUUACCCUUUAAAGUAGCUGUGUCCCAACCUGUAGCCAUUCCUUUUUUGGAAAUGGCUUUAGAAAUUUCCAGGUUGCCCUUGAAUUAUCUAACCACAGACAUUAGCAGAUGUCUCCCUUCUACCAUGUAGAAUAUUUUGACUUAAUUUUCUUCCAGAUAUAGGGGGAUACCUGCCUGUUUUUCCAAGUGUUUAUUUACUGCUGUUAUUAUUGGAUUAGAAUGUAUUAAAU